GGUAGCUGAAGGUCACAUUGCUUUGGUUCAGCCCCGCGCGCUGCUGACGUGCAGAAAGAAGAGCUGAUUUCUACUGCAGGUGCUGCAGUCAGUCCAGACCCGUCACAGGAAGUGGUACUAAGACAUCUUCGGCAGCUCCUAGGGUAGAACCUAGCGGAUCCGAACAUCUAAAAAUCAAGGCAUUUCCUUCUGUACAACAAGGAAGCAGAGAACUAUUCUCCUCUCAUUGAAAAGACUGUCACCCCGGCUGACAGGGUUCCGUUUCUCUUUGAAAUCUCUAAUCUCCACCACUGAAACCCGCAGGAUGGCCGCGUACAAACUGGUGCUGAUCCGCCACGGCGAGAGCAACUGGAAUCAGGAAAACCGCUUCUGUGGUUGGUUCGACGCAGACCUGAGCGAAACCGGAGCCGAGGAGGCGAAGAGAGGGUCACAGGCCUUGAAAGAGGCUGGCUACGAGUUUGAUAUUUGCUACACCUCGGUCCUGAAGAGGGCAAUCCGCACCCUGUGGAUUGUACUGGACGGGAUUGAUCAGAUGUGGCUGCCGGUGCACCGCACCUGGAGGCUGAACGAGCGUCACUACGGCGGGCUGACUGGCCUUAACAAAGCAGAGACCGCAGCCAAGCACGGCGAGGCACAGGUCAAGAUCUGGAGGCGUUCCUUCGACGUCCCUCCUCCCCCUAUGGACUCGGACCACGACUACUACACCACCAUCAGCAAGGACCGUCGCUAUGGAGACCUGACAGAGGACCAGCUGCCGUCCUGUGAAAGCUUGAAGGACACUAUUGCCCGCGCCCUGCCCUUCUGGAAUGAGGAGAUCGUCCCACAGAUCAAGGAAGGCAAGAGGGUCCUGAUCGCAGCCCACGGCAACAGCCUGAGGGGCAUUGUCAAGCACCUGGAAGGGAUGUCGGAGGAGGCCAUCAUGGAGCUGAAUCUGCCGACAGGGAUCCCAAUCCUGUACGAGCUGGAUAAGAACCUGAAGCCAGUGAAGCCCAUGCAGUUUCUGGGCGACGAGGAGACCGUGCGCAAAGCCAUGGAAGCAGUGGCUGCCCAGGGCAAGGCCAAAAAGUAAAGGGCAGCCCUGAUGAGAAGAACAGGAUCUGGGUGGAAGGGGGCACUUUGUUACAGUUCUCAGGGGGGCUAGAGAUUGGGGUGGGGUUGGUUAAUAAAUUAAAGCACAUAUCUGGGACCAGAGUUUAAACCCCAUUCCAUACCAUUCCAUUCCACAGGCUGCUAGCUUUUACUGCACUUUGAAGAAGGAUCUGUUGUUUAAAAAAUAAUGUCAGUGUCACUGCUAAAUAAAUUAUGUAUAAAUGUUUUGCACUGAAUGGAUUAAGCAGCAUCGCUAAAAGGGAACAUCUCAUCUACAAGGGAAAGACCAAAGGAAAAGAAGUAAGUGCAUGUACACAUUUGGAGGUGCUAAUAAAAACCGCUGAGUACAUCCCAUCCUAUACUGUUCCCAUGGUUUUGCAUUACUAACGGUUUCAGUGGCUGUUUCCGUAGUUACACAUGCUAGUUAAACUUUACCUGGGAUGUCUAGUAUUUGGCCACUGCAGUUGCUCAGCCCUGCUGCUUGCACGACAAAGGGAGUGUUUUUUUUUUUUUUUCUCUCCAUACUCUGAGAGCUGUAGUCACAGGCCCCAUUUCCUAUAUAUCCUGUAUCUUGGUUUAUUUGUAGUUUAACUUUACAUUGUAGUGUUACUGUUUGUGUGUACGUAUUUUAGGGCCACAGAUUCAUGUGUGUAGAGUCAGCUCGACUGUCUACAUGCUGAGAGAGAGUGUGUGUGUGUGUGUGUGUGUGUGUUAAGGGGCUCCCUGUUUAAGCCCUCUUUCACUGUGUGUGUAUAAAGCCCUUAUUCCCAGCUCCGCUAGUGGGUAUAUGAGUGUUUGGAUUGUUGUAUGACCCUGUAUCCCAGCUUCCAUACAUUGGUAAGUGUGUAAGGGGCCUCUAUCUCAACCCUUACAGUAAGUGGUAGCAUGGAUUUGUUGCCAAUGAUUCUUAAGAGAAAGAUGGCUUCACUUGGAUUAUGGUUUAUUGUAAUGCACUGUUUGAAUGUACACUGAAACUAUUGUGCAAAUCCAAUAAAUGUGUUCUGUGUA